AUGUCGACGGAUCAUGAAUCUGUUCGACAACGAAUUAUCUCCUCGGUCUUCGCGAGGCGGAACACUGCAGGCCAGGAGGAGCAGUAUGUCGGCCACAUCAAGAUCUGGGAAGAUGGGGGUCAGGAUGACGGAGGAAGGAAACCAAGAUAUAUACUACUUUCCCAGUCAAACAAUAGGCUAGGGUUCAUACACAAGUCCAAGCUAAAUUCCAAUGGCUCAUUCUCGGUCGGGAAGACAUGGAAGGUUCUUGAGCUACGCGGUCUUGAGGUUCUUAAUCCAAUGACCUUCAAUAUCACCAUGGCCAGGACGUACCGAUGGCAAUCUGAGGACGCCCAGGAUCAGACCAACUUCAUUACUAGUUUAGUGAAGCUCUUCCGUAUGGUUACAGGCAGUACAACCCCCCUACAACUUAGAGGCGUACAGAUGCCCGACGCACGAAUGGAACGAGCACCCACUCCAACCAAUGGUACGCCCUUACCUCCUGCAUCACCCCGAAGACCGAUCGGAAACGACCGUAACGAUACUGUAAGACAAAGCGACAUUUAUGACGAAUUUCCCCUCCCUAUACCCUAUCCUUUGGACUCUUCUAGAAGUCGUAAACCUGGUACACCGUCUCGCGCCGAGAGUCCAGCCUCACGUGCGGUGCCUCCGCCACUUAUACCAGACCGACCAGCUACACCUGUGCGUACCCGACCAACCACACCUGCCUCUCAAGCAGGAGGUAUCCCUGCCGCCCUCCGUGCUGGCCACGCUCCAUCGGCGACAAACGGUCUCCUCUCCAGCAGCCCCGCAUCGUCUCGUUCAGUCCAAUCCUCCCGUGCGAAUGGAUCGUCUUCAGCGAUGACUGCUUUGGAAAUACCCUCAGGACCCUCAUCCAUGCAGCCAUCACCCAUAUCCACGUACCCAUCUACUCCGGACAAUCUUCAACCCAUCCCCUUACCUUCACACCCACUUCCUCGAAAGACACCCUCACGAGCACCUAGCAUGGCUCCCGGUGACUCUGGGCAACGUCGUGAGAAUGCACGCGUCUCAUUCUUUGACCCUGCAAAUCAGGCCACGCUGAAUCGAUUAUUGUCUGGCGAUGUCGUGAUCCACGAUGACGCUGACGGUGAUGGUGUCGGCUCCGACAUUGGCGAGGACGAGAGUGCGCAGGCAACACUGGACAGCAUGGAAGAGAUGUUGGAGGGUUAUGAGUGGGCCAGCGACGAUUUCAUGGGCAGGACAUCCGUCACGGGAGCAGCUGAUCGAAUAGAGGCAAGACUCCUCGAUGAGUUGAUGGCUCUGGAGAAGGCGAACGUGCAUUCCUUCAUUGAGUCUGACGAUAGGAUACACGUUGUCCUUAAGUACCUCGACGAAGCAAUGUCGGAGCUCAAUGGUAUGGAUAGCGUGGUCUCGUCCUACAAGAUUCAUCUCAAUGCCGUCAAUGACGAUAUCGCCUAUAUUCAAUCGCAGAAUCGUGGUCUGCAGGUUCAAAUCCAGAAUCAACGCGCUCUCAUGGACGAACUCGAAGAACUACUGCAAACUGUUCACGUGGACAAGGAAGCCCUGUUGGCCCUUACUCAAGAGUCUCUCGAGAAGGCAUCAAGUAUACAGCGAAUCGAGGGCGCCGCUACCGAGCUAUAUAAGGCCCUGCAAGCCGGCAGAGAUCGCGAUAUGGCUGCGACCAUGGAAAGGCUGGAUGAGUAUCGAACUCACAAUUCACACUUCUGCAAGCGCAUCCUUGACUAUCUGUCGAUAUUGUUCACGGCUCAGUCCAAGAUGCUUCUCGGUGACAGCGAGGGCGUGAUCAGAACUACCAAAAGUCGGCCGGCAUUGCGGAACCACCAGGAGAUGGAGAGCUUUCUGGGGCGAUACAGCGGUCUCAUUCUUUACCUCAAGGAAAUGGACGAGGGAAUCUACUCCAAGCUGUGUGCUGCCUAUUUCACAGCGGCGAGCGCGCUUCACGGUGCUCAAGUCAGGGCGCUACUCUCUAUCUGCGCUGGGUUGGUCAAGAAGUCUGCGGAUGAAGAUCCUGAAGGCUUUGGUGUGGUAUCUCCCACAUCUACGACUGCGAAGGCAGCUUCUGGCAUGCGGCGAGCCGGUACCAUUGUUCGGUCCCCGUUGGAAGCCCGCAGAGAGCGGAAAGAUCGUUCAGACGGUGACCUCAGCCCUUCGGAGGCAUUCAGCAUUGUACUUGAUCAGGCUGCAACGGCUGUGUAUCAUGAAGAAGACUUCAUCGCCGACUUCCUCCAGAUCAACAACGUUGGGCUGACCUUUGCAGACUACAUGGGGCUCGAGAACUAUUUCCGCCGACAGGCUGCGAGGUCCGCCGGACUGAGCUCCUCUACGUCUAAGCUCAUUCGCGGCGCAAUGGAUCUGAUUUUUGGUUUUCUCGCGACCGAGCUCAAAGCCUGGUUGGAUAAUGCCCUCAGCAGGGAUAAGCUAUCCGUUGUCGGUAUCAUCGCUGCUCUCGAGAGGUUCCUAGGGGAUGCAGAGGAAAGGGGCAACGCGUUCUUGCUCAACGUUCUCGAGAAACAGCACACGCGCCUGAAGGGUCUCUUCGAGCGUCGUGUGACUGAACACAUCAAAUCAAUUGAAGACACCAGAUUGACCAGUAAGAAGCGCAAUGGUGUUGCUCCAUUCAUCAAGUACUUUCCUACGUACGUCGGUCGCGUGGAGAACCAGCUCAUUGGCGCAGAUACGCUGGAGAUACGGCAGACCGUGGACCAAGCUUACGAGAAGAUCGUGCAGUCGAUGUUUGAUGCUUUGAAACACAUGGCCAAGAUGGACGGUGAAGGAGAGGACAAGGGACAAUUGAACUACCAUGUCAUUAUCAUUGAAAACAUGCACUACUUUGUCGCUGAGAUGUCUCAGUUGCAGCUAGGCUCUGUAGCCGCCUUCCUCAAGCGGGCAGAGUCUAUCUACGAGGAGAAUCUGAACGCUUACGUGAAGAUCGUGCUCAGACGACCAUUCUACAAGAUAGUCGACUACUUCGAGGGUGUGGAGAGGCUGCUCAAGACAACCGCACCCACCGAGGUGCCAUCCAACAGCAGCUACAAUCGCUCGGCGCUGAAGAAGGUCGUCAAGGAAUACAACUCGAAGGACGUGCGAAAGAAUAUUGACGCGUUGUUCAAGCGGGUAGAGAAGCACUUCACAGAAGCGUCAGAGAAGGCUACAACAGAGGACAUAAGCGUAGGCAUUGCAUCUGGCACUGUCAUGGUGGGUGUGUGGAAGGCAUGUGAGGAGGAGCUGCUCAAGAUGACGGAGUGGUUCGUGAAGAGGAUCAAUCAAUGCUACAAGGAUACGGGUGUGGGCUUGGAGUACUCGGUCGCAGACGUCGAGGGGUCGUUCAAGCGACACAGGGUGGCAGUUUAGCAUCCUUUUCCGGUCUAAUUUAUGUGCUUUCCAUACGGCAUAUUUAUCCUCGUUGCUGCUGAC